GCUUGAUAUUAUCGCCGAGGUAUCUUUUUGUAUUUUUCUGCCGGGGAUGGGCCAGAUUAGGAAGGGCGGUACAACGGUGGGACUUGGCGUUGGUGUUUUGGAACAUCAAAGAUGGACAGGGUUUUCGCGGAGGUCGCUCCUCAGAUAUCUCCACAACUACAGAUCGGGGAUCUUCCAAAAUCGAGAAGAUUGGUGCAUAUGGCUAGGUCUCUUCACCUUACAAUUUGUAUGGCACUUUGGCCCGGGGUUGUGGUGUGGUAGGGGAGAACGGGGGAUACUCCCACACAGGAGUUUUGAACAACGUCCGGUUCACGUUUGGCUGGAUAACUCCACCACCACACAGGGUAUGCGGUCGGCGAUGGGGUCAGAAUGCUCGUAUGAUCGAGGGCUUUUCGAUGGAUCUAUCGGCGGGUUCUUAUUCGAAAAAUCGAGCGAGUUCGUAUUCAAGAGCUUAAAAAGAGCACAGCAACUUAAUAAGAUCUUCACUGAGAUCUCUACAGCUCUUUCAGCUGCUAUUACUGCUGCUGAAGUCUCUACUGCUCUAGCUAUAUUUAUUAUCAGUGCUUUCACUACUCUGCAGUUCACUUCUUCUUCAAGUUCUCAAGUUCAUUCUUCUUCAAGUUCAUGA